CCUCCAACGACCCGCCACCUCUCGCAGAUCGUCGACCUAUUAAGUACUCCUCCGCACGAAAGAAGCCGUCGGAAGGAGAUCUCGAGCUGGAAUUAGGGCUUUUAAUGAAGGGAGUGAACUUUGGGAGUAAACAAGAAUCUGGUUUGAAUCCCGUCUCUGGCUCGAUUUGCACCUGUGAGUUUUGCGAUCUAGUGGAGGUCUUAUUCUUUGAUCCAAAUUCGUACUUCUUUUGUCGGCCAAGAUCAAGUUUGAAGCUUUUAAAUGAGAAAAAUAUCAUCUUUCUUCUUUGUUGCUCCUGGAUAUUGGUUUGGCAUCAAUCGCUUGUAAUUUGGUUGCCGUUUUGCUGAUCUUGGAUGGGACUGACGGAUAUCUUACUUCCUGAGGUUCGUCUUGAUAUGCUGCUGAAAGGUGGGAUGGUUUUUCGCAGGAGGAAUUCUUUGACUUAAAUUACCGGUGCAUGAAAUGGAGAGUGGUAGUUUUAGUAGGAGGAUGUCGGUUCGAUUGACCCCUAGAAUUGCUAGCAGACCUAGGGUUUCUGUUCGCAGGAAGUCGUGGGUGGCGCCGAGACCUUCAAUCAGUGAUCUCGUAGUAGCCUUCUGUCUGGCCUCUCUCGUUCUCGUCGUUGGAUGUAUCGCCUAUCUCUAUGUUCUCCAAUACUUUGACAGUGAGAAUUCUGUUGCUGGAUUAAUUGGUGACGCUAAUGUUUGUAAUGUCUUUGAUGGUCGUUGGGUGCCGGAUAGUUCGUACCCUCUGUACAAUAGUUCGGAAUGUCCAUUUGCUGAAAGGGGGUUUAACUGCUUGGCAAAUGGGAGGAAGGAUAUUGACUAUCUUAAGUGGAGGUGGCAGCCACGGCAAUGUAAUGUACCUAAAUUCAAUGUGCAUGACAUCUUGGAAAGGCUGAGAGGGAAAAGGGUAGUCUUUGUGGGUGAUUCAAUGAGUCGCACACAGUGGGAGUCUCUAAUAUGCAUGCUCAUGACUGGAGUGCAGGAUCCCAAGACUGUUUAUGAAGUCAAUAGUAAUCAGAUCUCGAAAACGAUUCGCUUCUUAGGUGUCCAGUUCCAAUCGUUCAAUUUGAGCAUAGAGUUUUUCCGCUCGGUGUUUCUUGUACAGCAAGGCUUGCCACCUAGACAUGGGCCAAAACGGGUUCGGACAGCACUACAGCUGGACAAGAUGGAUGACAUAAGCAGGAAGUGGGUUGAUUCAGAUGUACUUAUAUUCAACUCUGGUCAUUGGUGGACUUCAAGCAAACUCUUUGACAUGGGUUGCUAUUUCCAGAUUGGUGGAACCCUGAAGCUUGGAAUGUCCAUCAAUUCUGCAUUUAGAGUUGCUUUAAACACCUGGGCUUCUUGGGUCGAGACAAUGGUUGACACAAAUAGAACUCAUGUCUUCUUUCGGACUUAUGAGCCCUCCCAUUGGAGUGGCUCAAACGAGAAGGUCUGUGAAGUAACACAGCAGCCUUUGUCUGAGGCUGAAGUGAAUGACAAAAGAGUGAUGCCCAUAUUGGCACUUGGAGCCACCCUUCUACUAUUGUCGAUUGCAGCCAUUGGUGUCUCCCUGGAGUCCCAGAUGCUUGGAAUGAACUUGUAUUCUCCUGUCUGCUCAAAAAGGGCUGGAGAAAGUUGGAAAAAUGAUGUUCCAGAUCAUGAUCUUUUCUUUUUUUCCUUGUUAUAAUUUGUUAUUCUUUUUGGAAGUGCAAGGUUGUCUCUGAGAUGAAGCAGAAUGCCAGGGAAAGUGGUUCUCAUCCAUUCUUUAACUGUUACUUUUAUUUGUAGCAUAUUGUUCGUUUCUUUUCUCAAAGGAAGAGGUAAUGAUUAUCUUGGAACAUGUGUGUGAUGACACUUGAUGUUUUACAAUUGAGAAUGUGAGUUUUGGUUUUA